CGCGUCACGCAGCAAAUCAACGUGGACGCGGAGUGGGAAGCAUCUGACCGAACCGGACACAACAUUCUCAGCAAAAACAUCGUUAACGCUUCUACCGCUAUUGACCUUUAGUGAUGUAUGCAUGUACGAGAAUACCAGAGGUGUCAAAGUGGUGACAAGGUGUAACCCGACGGGACCCGUGCGUAAAAGUUUCCUCUCUUUUUUUUGGAGAUAAUGCGCAGCUUCUCAGAGCCGUUCACGAGAGGUGGAGAUGCAGCGCUGCACGGGACUCUCUCUGCCGGAACCUCGCUGUUCUCACCCUCCGCCUUGUCCUCUCGAGGCUCAUGGGAUCCCGGUUCGGAUGCCAGCACGGACCCGACGGUUCCCAUGUCGGCACCAGAGCAGCGGUCUUUGACUUCGCGCCGUCCUCCUGGCGAGCUGCCGGAGGAGGAUCCGAAAGUUUUUUUGGAGGCCAGCGACCUUUGGACACAGUUCCACAAAUGUGGCACUGAAAUGGUGAUUACGAAGUCCGGGAGACGCAUGUUCCCGCCACUCAGGGCCAAGUGCGCCGGCAUGGACAGAGAGGCCAGGUAUGUAGUUCUGAUGGACAUUGUGGCGGCCGACGACUGCAGAUAUAAGUUCCACAACUCCCACUGGAUGGUGGCGGGGAAGGCGGACCCGGAGAUGCCCAAACGCAUGUACAUCCACCCGGACAGCCCGGCCACGGGCCAGCAGUGGAUGUCCAAAGUGGUCAACUUCCACAAGCUGAAACUCACCAACAACAUGUCCGAUAAACAAGGAUUUACAAUCCUCAACUCGAUGCACAAGUAUCAGCCACGAUUUCACAUCGUGAAGACAAACGACCUCCUGAAACUGCCUUACAGCACCUUCAGGACUUAUGUCUUCUGCGAGACCGAGUUCAUCGCGGUGACGGCUUACCAAAACGACAAGAUAACGCAGCUGAAAAUAGACAACAAUCCUUUCGCGAAGGGAUUCCGAGACACAGGCAACGGGAGGAGAGAGAAGAGAUGUGCUGCACACCUGCUGAACUAUUUACAGUAA